AUGCCGUACAGGUUGGUGGUGAUGGGCAGCUGUGGCGUGGGCAAGACUGCACUGACCAUCCGCUUUCUCCAGAACCGCUUCAUGGCUGAGUACGAGCCCACGGCUAGAGACAUGUACCAUGGCGUGGCAGUGGUGGACGGGGAGUCGUGUGAGCUGAACAUCCUGGACAUUUCAGGAGGUGAGAACUGCACUGAGUGGCUGGAGGAGUGCAUCCGCUGGGGAGACGGCUUCCUCUGCGUCUACGCUGUUGACUACAUCAAGACCUUUGUGGAUGUGAGCGUCUUCAGGAACCUCAUAUGCAAGGUCAAGGGCACAGCGAGGGUACCCAUGGUGCUGGUGGCCAACAAAACAGAUGAGGGUCACUGGCUGGUGGACUCAGACAUGGGUCAGGAAGCUGGUGACAGCUUCAGGGUGCCUUACGUGGAAGCCUCAGCCAAGACCCAGCAGGGCGUGGAGCACGCCUUCCAUGCAGUGAUUCGAGAGAUCCGUCAGAAGCAGGCCGAGGACAAGCUUAAGGGCUGCCCAGAUGCAGCAUCCUCUGGCCUCCAUCGGGACAAGUCCUUCUGUCUGCUCUUCACUGGAGUCCCCCGGGACCAUGGCCCGGCCACAAGCCUCUGGGUGGGACUCCAUCUUUUUCCUCAGGAGCUGUCUGGCCUGGGCAUCUCUGCCACCUCGGGAGCCCUGGGCCAAAGGGCAGAAAAAUCCCCCACCCCAGCCCAAACUGGGAGCCCUGUGGUGGAUGCUGGUCUGGUCUUGGACAGGGAAGUCCCUUUCACCUUUGGAGCUGGCCAGUACAUCAAUGUGUGUGGUCGUUCUGUCGCCCCAGGAGCCUGGGAGCUCUGGGAUCUCAAUGUCCUUAACGUCUUUGAGGGAUCCCUGAACCUCUUAAACCGCAUCAUAGCCAUGGCUGAGGUCCUGUUUUCCCUGACAACAAGCAGCUGUCAGUCCCUAAAGAACUUUCAGAAACUCUCCCCCUCCUUGGCCUUCCAGAUCUAG